UAUAAUUAAUAUUCAUCAAAAUGAUUCUUAGCAAAAAUUCAGACUCCAGAAUUAACAUAAAGAAGCAAAGAUCAGAUACUUUAAACAGUCUUUUAGGACUUAAUAAUGAAAUACUCGGCAAUUUUCAUAAAAUAAGUUUUGCCGAUGAAAAGUGAAAAUAAGGGAUUGAAAUAAAGUUAGAAAUAACUUUUAUCUUAAAUCACGAAAACAUAAGUCCAUCUACAAAAAACCGAAGUUCAAGAUGUUUGAUGAAGAUCUUGGUGGCCAAAAGAAGAUCUUUCUUAGAAAAGGAAAGAUAAUUCAAAAAGACUUUUCCUCUAGGCUACCUACACAGCAAGAAGUUGACUUGAAAAGUAUGCAAAAUCAGACUGCUUUCAAAAGCAGAAUUGAUUCCUUUGAUCAGAACAAAGUUCUAAGAAGCAAUCUCGAUGCUUUCAUUGAUACAAAGAACGAAUAUAAGCAUAGCCAUAACAUAAAACUGAAAUAAAUUACCUUUGCAUAAUGAGUCAAGUGAAGAUUCCAAGAGUCCAUUUAUUUCAAAUUUCCUUAACAGUUCUCUUUCUAAGGAUGUUACAUUUAAUGAUGAGCAUAGUUUGGAGUCACAAUACCCAUCAGACCAGUCUAUCGAAAUAGACGACUGUUAUAGUCCUGACACUUCUAUUGACAAGAAAAGGCUCAAAUAGCAAAAUUUUAUCUAGCAAUGAAUUAGAAAAGAAAAUAGAAACUGUAACUGUUCAAAAAUUAUACAGUAUCCUCUCUAGCAGAGAUCCAAGGUUCAAAUAAGUCAUGUAGCAAACGAUACAAAGAGUUAGAAAUUUUUAAGAACAAAGCAAACCAUAAAGAGAUUGAUGAUCUCAUAAAUAAAUAAAAUAUCGUAUGAUAUUUUCAAAGCAAAUAUUCUCAAAAGGAGUGACAAUCCUUCUGAUAAUAAAGCUUCAGAACUGAUUUUUCUCAUGAAUGAAAUUAACAAAGAUAUUGAUGAAGAUUUCACCUAUUAUUCUAAUGAAAUUAAAAAGAGAUCCAAUUCUUCUAGCUAUAAAGACUUGUUCAAAGACAACAAAAUAUGGGAUUGUGAAAAAUAGGUGUGUCAAAAGUAUUCUCAACAUCUAUAAAAAGCCAAUAAUUACAAAGAAAAAGGCUAAAUCUGAGGAGAAAACUAAGAGUCGGAAAAUAGCUACUCCUAAAAUCAAAAUAAUUCUGAAUCCAAAAGUCAGCAACAAACCAAAAAUAUAUGAAUUAGUAAACAUGAAAGGAGAUAAGGAGCGAUCUUUAGGCAAUAAGCAAUUUCUCAAACGUCAAAGGAUUCUUAGGAAAAAGAAAGAAAAAAUAGUAAAAAGAAAUUAUAAAACUGAUGAAUCAAAACUUAAUUUGACAGACCUUGAGUUUGAGAAAUGGACCAGAGAGAUAGAAAAUAGGAAACUGAGAGAAAACCAAAGUCAAAAAGCUCACAGGAGUGUUAGAGAUAUUAGUAGAAAUGAUAUUAAUUCUGCAUAUAUUCCUCUAUAUGUACCUGUUUUUAAGAAGAAAAUCUCAAAAAAUGUAAGGACGUACAACAUUACAGAAAGGCUGAACGAAUCUGAUUCUGAUUACUCUUCAUCUUUCUGACAAAAGCUUGAUUUGUUCAAAAACAAUUUUUAA